AUGAGAAAAAAAGUUGACCCCGUUGCCCGAGCGAACAGCGCUCGCGCAUGCUCUGAUUGUCUCGCCUUCACUGAGUUGACCCAUCGCUGGGUGAGCCAAAGUGUUUAUAUGGAGAAAAGUUGGCCCGACUAGGAAUGCGACUCUACCAUCGCAAAAUAUUGACCCGGGUCACUCUACUAGCCGAGCCAAUCUUUUGUUUCUUAUGCAUGUAAACGGUUCGUCGUGUUUUGUAAGGAAAUGUAUGAAAAGGUGGCUGGCUCAGGAUAGCUUUGGUAGGCGGGCGUCCCUUCCACUCGGGACAACUUUUAUCCAUAUAAACGGGUCCUAAGUAAUCAUGAUCAAACCUCAACGCGCGAGGAGACGCGAGAACACGAGGCAUCAGUGGAGAGAAGAAAAACUACAGAAGAAGCGCCAUUUCGCCAAUUCCACCCUCACCGCCCCCUCGCCCCCAGAUAGUUCACAGUUCCCUAUUUUUCGUAAGAUCGUCAAGAUCGAGGGUUUACCAGCACAAACGGCUAUCUAAAUUUCAUAUGUACCGAGGGGCCGUUGGUCGGGGCUUAUAAUCGUUCCCCGCCCCCUAAUUAGAUUUGGCACUCAUCCAAGAUGGCCGCCUGUGACGUAAAGCGCUCGAUCUCGACGAUCUUAUGGAACAGGGGGCUGUGCACGGGCUAACCCCUUUUCCGCCACCUUUUGCCAAAAUUUACCUAUAUAAAAAAGAAAUCCGAGCAAGAAGCAAUAUAUAAUCAACACAAUUAGAAUUUUCAACCGUUUUGUUUUUAAAAUUGAUCACACUGUGUGAAUAAUAUUAAAGCACAAACAAUGACAAAGAGAGAGUUAAGAAACCUUUAGAGUUGCACUCAAAAUACAACAAAACUAAACUGUUAUUGUCGGCGAUAGAAAGACUAUAACGGAGAAGGCUAUUUCGCCACAGUACUGUGACUAAACAAUUCUCUUUCACAGACAGCUCAAAACGACUUUUAUCUUUGCCCAAAGAUUUACAAUCAGCCUUGUUUACUUUUUCUUCGGUAAAUUCAAGCUUUUGGUUUCAUGUAUGUUGUUUGUAAAUACUCUUAAAUCGAUCUUUCGUAUUUUUUCCUUCAUCAGCUUUUCCUACAAAAGUGCCUAAUACCGCCAAACCGAGUACAACGCCAUCGCCUGGUACAACGUCAUCACCUGAUACAACGCCAUCACGAGAUACACCGCCACCACCAGGUACCAAAGUAGAUUAGGGACCUUACAAAUUGGUACUGUUCUUAUCAGACCUAUAAAAGCUUUGCCACCGGUCUUAUCAGACUUACCAAAGUCUUAGCACUGGUCUUAUCAGGCCUUUCAAAGUCUUGCCACUGGUCUUAUCAGAUCAGACCUAUCUUUAGCUAUCUUUAACAUCUCUUCUCAUUUUUCAAACAGUUUCAUCAACUGCUGAAGCAAGCAUUUCAUCCACGACCAUAGCAGCCAUUACCGUACCAAUCGUCCUUUUUGUGGUAGUAGGACUAGCGUGG